GCCGUUGCUAUUCUUCUCUUUUCCCGUCAAUGGCGUCUCUUUUUUUCUUCUUCGGCUUUUUGGCUCCGCUAAUGUCACCGGCAGUCUCCCUCACCUGCUCCUCUCAAAAGUUCACCAACAAUCGCCUCUACUCCAACUGCCUGGACCUCCCCACUCUUUCCUCUUACCUUCACUUCACUUAUAUUUCCUCCAAUUCCACCCUUUCUGUCGCCUUUUUCUCCACGGCUUCCAAUUCCAGCGGCUGGAUCUCGUGGGCCAUCAAUCCGACGGAUACAGGGAUGGCUGGCUCACAGGCUCUCGUCGCCUAUAAGGAAUCUGGUGUGGCGAAGCUGAAGACCUUUGACAUUAGCUCUUACAGUUCCGUUGUGCAGAAGAAUUUGAAGUUUGAGGUCUGGGAUAUGAGCGCGGAAAGUGAUACGGACGGGACUUUGAGGAUUUUCGCAAAGAUCAAGGUUCCGUCGGAUUUGGCAGCCAAAGGCACAGUAAAUCAGGUCUGGCAGGUCGGACCCGGUGUCGGGACAAACGGUGUGUUGGAUAGACACGAUUUUGCUCCCGCGAAUUUGCAGGCAAAGGCAACCUUAGAUUUGAAAAGUGGGGUGAGUAUUAAUGCAGGUGACAGCAGGACCAAGGAGAAAAAUAUUCAUGGGAUAUUGAAUGUUGUUAGCUGGGGAAUUUUGUUUCCUGUGGGAGUCAUCAUUGCCCGGUAUGUGAGGACUCUCGAGUCUGCAGAUCCAGCGUGGUUCUAUCUUCAUGUUUUCUGCCAAUUAUCAGCCUAUGCCAUUGGAGUUGCUGGCUGGGGAACUGGAAUCAAGCUUGGAAGUGAAUCCAAGGGAGUUCAAUACGCAGGUCAUCGCAACAUUGGAAUUGCCCUCUUUUCUCUUGCAACCGUGCAGAUUUUCGCAUUGUUCUUGAGACCAAAGAAGGACCACAAGUAUCGAUUCUACUGGAAUCUCUAUCACCAUGGAUUCGGAUACUGCAUAAUCAUCCUCGGCAUCAUCAAUGUGUUCAAGGGUUUUGAUAUCUUGCGUCCUGGAAAACACUGGAAGAGGUUUUACAUCAUUGUGAUUGCUGCCUUGGGCGGCAUUACCGUGCUAUUGGAAGCAAUUACUUGGGUUGUAGUCUUGAAGAGAAAAUCCAAUAAGUCCACCAAGCCCUAUGAUGGACACAACAAUGGCCAAGGUAGACCGUAGACAGCAGCCGCUUGUAACUGCUCAACAACUUCAGUAUCUUAUGGCAACUUCUCUGCUUGUUUGAGAGUUCUAGGUUUAUUUAUAUUGAACCACUUCUUUUUCAAUGAUAAAUUUUCAGUUGUAUAAUGCCUUGAUUAUCACUUAUUGCAAUAUAAUAGCUUGGUCUCACUUGUUUACUUUUUUAGAUUUUUUUCCCCGUUUUGCUGUUAGUUAGGAUCUCUGAAGAAUUAGACUUGCUAGUGUGGAUUGUAUGGAACGCGAUUUUAGAUCAUAAAAGUAUUCCUAUACU